UGCAGCAGAAGCGUCCCACCCUCCUCCGGAGCCCAUCCCCUCGGCUGCAGGGGCGGAGCAGCGGGGUCUGAAUUGGGCUCAGGAUCGGGCCCAGGACUGGGAGAGUGAUCGGGAAAGGGAUCGGGAUCAGACGGUGCAGCGGAGGCUCGGUGCAGAGGAAAGAACAACUCUGAAAUCAUGGCGGGGAAACCUAAGCUGCACUAUACCUGUGGAAGGGGGAAAAUGGAGUCAAUCCGAUGGCUGUUAGCAGCAGCAGGGGUUGAGUUUGAGGAACAAUUCAUAGAAAAAAAUGAACACCUAGAAAAACUACGCAAAGAUGGAGACCUGCUGUUCCAGCAAGUGCCCAUGGUGGAGAUCGAUGGGAUGAAGAUGGUGCAGACCAGAGCCAUCCUCAGCUAUAUAGCAGGGAAAUACAACCUCUAUGGGAAGGACCUGAAGGAGAGAGCCUGGAUUGAUAUGUAUGUGGAAGGAACAACAGACCUGAUGGGAAUGAUCAUGCAGCUCCCUUUGCAGUCAGCCGAGAUGAGAGAAAAGAAUCUUGCCUUAAUCAUUGAACGAUCUAAGACCAGAUACUUUCCUGUUUAUGAAAAGGCCUUAAAAGACCACGGUCACGAUUAUCUCGUUGGCAACAAAUUUAGCUGGGCAGACAUCCAUCUGCUGGAAGCUAUUCUAAUGGUAGAAGAAUGUAAGCCAGAUAUCCUGUCUGCAUUCCCUCAGCUACAGGCUUUUAAAGGAAGAAUAAGCAACAUUCCAACAAUCAAAAAAUUCUUGCAGCCUGGCAGCCAGAGGAAGCCACCAGCAGAUGACAAGUAUAUUGCUAACGUGAGGAAAAUAUUCAAUAUCUAAUCAUGUGGCUGCUGAAGAUAACACAACUAUAGCAUAUUACCUGAGCUGUGCCUUAUAAGUGCAAACUGUGUAGAUGUAUUCUGUGGCUGUAGUAUUAAUCUUUGAAAGAGAAGAUGGUUUAGAUUGGGAUAAAAGGCUGUAGGACCUGUUGAUUUCAAAAGGUAGUAUUUUAUUACCACCAGUUUUUACUACCACAAGCUACAUGAAAUAAAAUAUGCUAAUAUUCUAUGUUUACUUAAUUGCAAUAUUUCCAAAAUUCAGUGUUCCCCUGCUCUUUUUAUUUGCUGUCUGUACUUUUAGAGCUACAGUUUAAAAGCUAUAUAAAUAGCAAAUAUAAAUUAGAACUCGUGAUUUAUGGGUGAAAGCAAGAAACUAUUUUAAUCCUCACAUGAAUCUCUUAGAAGAGAUUUUGUUUCACUGAAAGAUCAAAGUACAUUUGUCUAAUUAGUUCCAUGUAGUUUUCAUCCGUGCUACUUACACCCUUGCUUCUCCUCUUGUUGCUUGGCUGGAUUGCCCCAGCAGGGAAAAUGCUGCUUGACUUCGGUAAGAUUUCAUUUUCCCCAGUUACUUCUCAAGUAAGAACUCUCAAGAGAGCUGUGAGGCUGCUCACCUUUUCUGUAAGAGUUUAUGAAUGCUUUAAGCACUGUUGGGAUAAAACUUGUUUCAGAUUCUUUACCCUAAUUUCACAGGAACCAUCACUGUUACAAAUAGUGCCAUAAACAAUUCCUUCCUUUUUUUUUUUUUUUUUUCUUUCUCAGUAGGACUCAGACUGAUAAGGCAGAGAAGCCAGUGUAGAGACAGUGUUAGCCCAGCAAAGUUACCUCUUUCUCUGACUUGUUUAGGAGCCACAUAUUGUACCUCAAGUACAAACUGGAACAGCCCCCUCACCUAGGCACUACCCACAUUAGCUCCUAGCACUUUUAUAUUUAGAUCACCUGCUAGCUGGCAGCAGCAGUUUGAGCUGCAGCACCUCUGUUCCAAAGCAAUGCAAUAGUUACUGAACCUCUGCAGGGUCUGACACAGGGCAUCGCCUCUGCAUGCUGUGAGUGCUUGUGGUGGUGUUCCCUUCCCAACCACCUGCUUAAGCAGAGCAUCUGGCCUAAGCAGGUAACAUCAGUGGCAGUCCUGAUGGAUGUCUGGUCGUGACGGCUGUAUUCUGGAUUCAGGAGAGACAGAAGACAAAUAGCCAAGGGCUAAUUUGAGCAACACAUCCCCCUCCCAACUACAGUGCUGGCCAAAUUAAGAAGGAAGUCCAACUCAAGCUGAGUUUGGAAUAAACUAACACCUGAAUGCAAAUAUGACCAAGAAUCAAUCAUCUCAUCUCAUAAACAGUGAGCAAUCCGAGAGCUAAGUAACAGCAUGCUAGCGUGCUGUAAUGGUGCUUUAUGAUCAAACUUUACACUGGCUAAGUAGCAUAAAGGGUUUGUGUAAUGCAUAUAAACCUUUAGACAUAAGCUGUUGACCAAGUCUGGGACUGGGAGUGGAUUCAGCCACACCUCUCUAGGCUCCUUUCCUCUUCAGCUCAUGGAGUUUAGAAAGCAAGGGGGUCCACUCUGAACCUCCAGACUCAAUGGGAUGGUCUCCUUGAUGUAACGUCGCCUACCCCAGUUCCUCACAUAGUCUCUAUGUAGCGUACAAUGUCUUUCAUUUAGUGUCUUUUACAUAGUGUGCAACUACGUGUAUCAUCCAGCUAUAAUCAGGUGUACCUCGACAUCUGUUAAAUCAUAUCCAUAAACCAUAUUGCUACUUCUC